UCCAAUAGUGAAUAAACACGGCAGGCCGUAAUUAGAAGGGAAGAAACGUUUAUCAUAUCAUUAAUGUUCGCCCAAUGCAAAUCUCUGUAUUAAAAAUCCUUUUUUUCCCAUCUGUUUCUUCGUUAUUUUCGUCUCUGCUUUACGGGCGGAGAUUUAAUACCUCUUAGUUCUACGAAAUUUCUGCAGAGGUUUUCUAUAGGUCCAAGCAUCGAAACCCCCCGAGAACAGAAAGAAAAGUUUUACCUUAAAAGUUGUGGGGUGAAUUAGCAGGGGGGAAAAAUGGUGCUUGGUGAAUUAGGGGGCAGUAUUGCCCGUGCCCUUCAGCAGAUGAGCAAUGCGACUGUUAUUGAUGAGAAGGUCUUGAACGAAUGUCUAAAUGAAAUUUCUCGUGCUCUCUUAAAGUCAGAUGUGCAAUUCAAAAUGGUGAGGGAUAUGCAGCUGAACAUUAAGAAGAUCGUCAAUUUUGACGAUCUCGCAGCUGGUCACAACAAGAGACGGAUUAUUCAACAGGCCAUUUUCAAUGAACUUUGUAAUAUGAUGGAUCCUGGAAAGACUUCUUAUACACCAAAGAAGGGAAAGCCAAAUGUGAUCAUGUUUGUUGGUUUACAAGGUUCUGGAAAAACUACCACUUGUACAAAAUAUGCUUACCAUUACCAGAAGAAGGGCUGGAAGCCAGCACUAGUUUGUGCAGAUACAUUCCGAGCAGGUGCCUUUGACCAGCUGAAACAGAAUGCAACUAAGGCUAAGAUUCCCUUUUAUGGCAGCUAUACAGAGUCAGAUCCCGUGAAGAUUGGUCAGGAAGGAGUUGACAGAUUCAAGGAGGAGAACUGUGAUCUCAUUAUUGUAGAUACUAGUGGACGGCAUAAGCAGGAAGCUGCACUUUUUGAGGAGAUGCGGCAAGUGUCUGAAGCAACGAAACCGGAUCUUGUAAUAUUUGUAAUGGAUAGUAGUAUUGGACAAGCGGCAUUCGAUCAAGCACAAGCAUUUAAACAGAGUGUUUCAGUAGGAGCUGUCAUUAUCACCAAAAUGGAUGGUCAUGCAAAAGGAGGAGGUGCACUCAGUGCUGUUGCAGCAACCAAGAGUCCUGUUAUAUUCAUUGGUACAGGAGAGCACAUGGACGAGUUUGAAGUAUUUGAUGUCAAACCAUUUGUCAGCCGAUUGCUAGGCAUGGGAGAUUGGUCUGGAUUUAUGAAUAAAAUUCAUGAAGUGAUGCCCACGGAACAACAGCCCGAACUUCUGCAAAAGUUGUCAGAAGGCACCUUUACUCUGCGAAUCAUGUAUGAGCAGUUUCAAAACAUCCUCCAAAUGGGACCACUUAAUCAGGUUUUUUCCAUGAUUCCUGGAUUUAGUGCUGAGUUGAUGCCCAAGGGGCAAGAAAAGGAAAGUCAGACUCGGAUAAAAAAGUUCAUGACAAUGAUGGACUCCAUGACUAAUGAUGAACUCGAUAGUACAAAUCCGAAACUUAUGACAGAAUCACGGAUAGUGCGCGUGGCAAGGGGAGCAGGUCGUGCUGUAAAGGAAGUUAAGGAGAUGCUUGAAGAGUAUAAACGUUUAGGAAAGGUUUGGAGCAAAAUGAAAGGACUUAAAAUUCCGAAGAAGGGUGAUAUGAGUGCUUUAUCAAGAAAUAUGAAUGCACAGAAUAUGAGCAAGGUUCUUCCUCCCAACAUGCUAAAACAAAUUGGUGGCGUUGGAGGCUUACAGAAUCUAAUGAAACAAAUGGGCUCCAAAGACUUAGCAGGGAUGCUAGGAGGCAAUAAAUAGUUUUUCAAGGAAUCUACAAUGUUCAUCAAGGUUUUUGGAGUAUAUUUGGAAUGCUCAUUAGUCAUGAUUUUGUCUGUAUGUGAUUCGGCUCUGUUUUUCUCAUCUAAUUCUGAUAUAACUAUUGUAGUUUCUUGUUCAAAACUUCAUGUCAUUUUCAAAAUUUCUAGCAACAUUAAGUUAAGUGCAGGGCUUGACUUUUCACAUCAUCAUUUCUUUUGUUAUUUAUUUGGGUUAGAACGGUAUACAUUUUUUAUAGAGCUCAAUAUGUAGGCGGGGGACUUGUUGGCUAGAAAGAAUGAGAGACAUAUCAUCUUUUAGGGUGCCAGCACUUCAUAAUGGCUGCCCUGGUAAUUUACUUGAACAAAGUUCAAUUGUGCACCAGGUAAAGUUUUCUCAUCCAGAUGCAUAUAAACAUACAGUGGGUAAUUCCACUAUGAUGGUGGAAUGUCAAUUCUACGGCCCAAGUCUGCAUUGUUCAAAAGUUUAUGUUCACAAUUUACUUAUUCUGCAUCUAUGCUGUUGUAACAUACGGAACAAGAGUUCAAAUUAACAUGAUUUCUUUGUUGCGAACUGCAACGAGUUUUCAUCUUCA